AUGGCAGGCACAAUCCUACAUCGGAUCCUGUCCAGGACCAAGAUCGCUCCUGCCACUGUCCAUAUCGACACAGCAACGACCGAUACAAUUUCAUCAGACAUGCCUACUACACACGCCACCAAACCACAGAUAUCCUUUGAGACACCUGCAGAUAUUAGAAAGUCUUCAUUAACAGAUAACAAAUCACCCUCUAUGCAUAAUGCUAGAAAGCAUUCCUACGCCUCGGUGCGAGAAGAGUCAGACCUUCCCCAAUCGUUCCGCACACGCAAGCUUUCCUCAGAGUCGCAGAUACCAGAUGAUUGUUUGCCACGGUGGCACCUGCAGACACUAGACAAAGAGGAUGAGAACGAAGAGGCUAUCUGCGAUGAUGCUAGCGACUUUACAAGGCCGUCGUACGACGGUGCAGAUAGCUACACAGACGAGGAGGAAAUUAGCAGCAUAAGACCAAGGACAAUAGAAGAUCUCCCAGACGAGAUACUGGAUCAGAUCUUCAGUGCUAUACAGCUUGAUGUGACGCAGCCCGUCAGCUAUGGCUUACCACGAUCCGACCUCUUCUCAUGCUUGCUUGUUUCGAAAGCAUUACAUGCAGCUGCUCUUCGUAUGCUAUACAAGCAUGUCCUCAUCUACAGAUCCAAGACCUUCCAUAAAGUGGUUACAACCUUACAAGAAGAUGCCGCACUGGGAAACCUGAUCCAGACUCUGGAUUUCUCACACUACUCGCACAUGGGAUAUGGGCGCUCACGCGGACAGACAAGUGUCACACCAUACCUGACGAAAGAGAAUCUGAAGAUUGUUCUAAGUCGAACAAGGAGACUGAGGGCCUUCCUCGUGCACGAGCACUUGGACACCGAGCUCGACGAGGGUGUGUUGUCUACACUUUUCUCAGUCCCGACCUUGCAAGCACUCGAUUUCACAAGCUGUUCUGCAGACGUGUUCUUGAAUGCUUUCACCAAUUUGUGGGUGGAUUCACCUUCUACGAGUUACACACAUAUUAGGAGAUUGUGUUUGCACGAAUGCGGAACUCUCAAGCCAGCAGUAUUUGAGGCGAUGUUGCCACGAUUGGGUCGACUCACGCACUUGGACCUUGCUCACACACGAGUCAACGACAAGGCUCUGCUUGCAAUUCCUUCGACAGCUCAGCUCACUCAUCUCAAUCUCGAGAGAUGCACUCAGCUAACAGGCCAGGCUGUUGUGCAAUUUUUGACUCAGCACCCUGCGGCGAAAGACACCAUGGUUUGGCUGAGUCUGAAUGCUGAUGCCUCGCGAUAUCGGUUGCUGUCUGCAGAAGAUGUUGCCACACUCCUCCCAGCGCUGCCCAAGACAAUGCGCUCUCUCAACCUAGGUGGAGCACGAAUCACCUCGCAACAUGUGCCAGAUCUUAGGAUAUUGGCAACUCAUCUGGAAGAGCUAGGACUGAAAGGCGCAAAUCUAAGUACUAGCGACGACAUAACCCGAAUUCUGUCGCUACCACCAAACAAGGACAUCAAGUUGGAGCAUCCAGAGCUUCGAAGUUCUCUACGAUACAUCGACCUCACCGACAUCAGCUCUGUCAAUCAAAUGUCUCUAUGUUAUUCGCCUAUGUCCAUCAAAAACAAUGCUUCCUUGCCUCUCGAAGUCAUCGAGCUCGGUGCCACUGUCCUUACUGAGAUCGCGCGGCGAAACAAGAAUGUUAAGAACCCUGAUUGGACUGUCAAAGAGUUAGGUCGUCGAGGCUGGUAUGUUCGUUCCCCCGAAUCGCUGCCUAAAGGCGUUGAGUCGGACGAUGGAUACCGCAGUUGGAAAAUGGGUGCAAGAUGGUGGGGUAUGCGUAAGCUCCCAAUGCAUCAGACUGAAACUGGUGGCGUGUACGGCUAUUUCAUGUUCAAGAAAAACUAG